GGACUUUAUGAUUGUCGUUUUCAGGCAGACGAAAUAAAGAAAAUACAUGUUGAGAACUCAAAAUUUAAUUAUGUAAAAGAUAACCUGAAGAACAUUGAUUGUCUUAUAGUUGAUGAGUGUUCUAUGAUAAGUCUUAAGACUUUCGAAACUAUCCUUAUGGUAUGUUCAACCAAAGAAACAUCGUUGCAGUUAAUUUUCUGUGGAGAUUUUUUCCAAUUACCUCCAGUAGCCAACAUACGUUACCAUGAUGAUGGAAAAUACUGCUUUGUUUCCCCUAAAUUUGCUGAGGUAUUUCCGCACAGGGUUGUACUAAGGGACAACAUUCGAACAAGGGAAAAUACACUUAUCAAAAGUGUAAAUGAUAUCUUUAAUGGUAAUGUUACCCCUGAAGUAGAAUCAUUCCUUCAUGAUCUUAAUCGACCACUACAUAAAAAUGAAAAUAGCGUAAAAUUGUUUUCAAUUAAUCAGCAUGUUGAUGAUUACAACAGGAACUGUAUACUUAAACAUCCAGGUGAAAUAUACGAGUUUGUUUCAAAAGACAGUGGAGAUAAAUCGGAGCUAUUCCAAAUAAAAGCCCCACAUACCUUGUGGUUAAAAAUAGGAUGCCCAGUGAUUUUGUUACAAAAUCUUUCGGACAAGUUGGUCAAUGGUCUCCGAGGAAUUGUUCACAGUUUUGAUGAAGACGGACCUGUCAUUAAUUUUAACACAUUGGGCCUUGUCACAAAAGUACCCAAAGUGAACUUCACAGUUUUCAAUCCUUCCAUGUGUGUUGACACUGCCAUCCGUGAACAGUUCCCUGUUAGUCUUGCAUUUGGAUUAACAAUUCAUAAAGCUCAAGGCAUGACAUUAGAUAGGGUAGAAGUUGACUGCAGAGACAUAUUCCGCCAUGGCCAGUUAGGUGUUGCUCUAUCUCGAGCGUCAUCAUCCUCUGGACUGCGUGUCAUUAAUUAUCACCGUCGGUAUAUAAUGAAACCUGCAAAGAGUGUUACAGAAUUCAUGGAUGUGCCUUCAAAAGAUAUUUCAUAUGACAUAUCAUGUUGCCAUAAAAAAAACAGCAUGACUGAUGCACAAGAAAAAGUGAUUAGUGAUAGUGAUUCCCCUCACACAGAGAAACAAGUGGAACACAAUUUUACAAAUGAAAUAAGAAGCUUGAAUGAGCCACAAGAAAGAGUAAGCAGUGAGAAUGAUUCCGCUGACAAAGUAGACAACACCUGUACAAGUGAAAUAAAAAGUGCAUAUGUUGAUACAAAUGAUGAGAGCAGUGAAGACAUAAUAAAUUUUGAACUGGAGGAUGAAUUUGAUGAAAUUCUUAACGCAAUUGUAACAGAUGAAGAAAAAACACUGAAUUUUGAAAUUCCGGAUGGAUUAUUGGAUAGCAUUAAAAAAGAUCUUAUAAUUGAAAAGGAAGUUACUCCAUCAUUAAGAGAACAGAAAGAAAUUGUUUCCAGACUUCAGGAUAGUAAAUUACAAUUGUUUGUGAAGAAAAUCUUAUUAAAGAUGAAUGACUUCAUCAAAUUAAUAUGUGAGAAUGAUGAACCAAUAACACAUAAAAUACCAGAAGGGCAGUUGAUAAAAUUUUUCUCACUUGUUAAUGAGUAUAAUACUGGACCUGAAUACAAAUUAAAUUGCAUGAUUUUAUUUGAAAGUGAAGAAAAGUUGUCAAAUGAGCACAUAAUUACUUGUUACAAAAUUUUGGAAUCCAUUAGAGUAUAUUGCAUACAGAAGAAAGUGGACUCAAUCCCAAAUGAAACUACAAGAGUUAAGAAAAGAUAUGUUACAGCUGCAUCGAAAGCUAGAAUUCGUUCUGUAGCAGGUGGUUAUUGUGUUGCAAAGUUAAGAAAAAAAUACUUAAAAAGACACAAGUCACAUAUGUUUUCGAAAUCGAAGGAGGGUCAAAAUGCAUAUUAUGAAGCUAAAAGCAAACUUUACAUAUUAAAUUUAUUGAAGGAGGAAGAGCACUUUUUAAAAGAAAAUACUUCCGAACCAGAAUCAUUAGUUGACAUUCAAAACAGACAAGGUAUAUCUCAUGGAUUGACCAAUAUCACAGACUGUUUGUAUUCAUUCUUUAUAUUGUUAACUGAAAAGUCCUUAAAUUUUUUCAUAUAUGAAAAUCUGUUAACAUUUGGAAAGGACAUGUAUAUAAAAUGUGUUGAAAUUAUUAAUCGGGAUGAAAACCUUAAAGAAAAUUUUUCAAGGAUUGUUAAAAACAAAAUUUCAUCCGAACACAUAAUAGAAUUUGAUCAAUCUGAAAACAGUAACAGUGGCACAUUGGAAACAAUUGAAGAUAUAUUUAAAGAAUUGACUGAAAAAUAUAUAACUGUACUUCUAGCCCAGUUUAGGAGAGAUGUAAAGACUGCCAGUAAAAUUGAGAAAAAAAUGGCACACAGGAAACAAAUUAAAUUGCCAGCAAAACAUAAGAUAGUUGAAAAAUCAAGUGAUACUGUUUCUAAAAAAAAGUGUAGAUCACAAACAGUGCCCUUACAGGAACUACCCUCAACUUCUUUCAAUGAAGAACAUGUUAUCAACAUGCAACAGGCAUCUACUUCUCAACAAUCGGAUUCUGAUAUGUGUAAAAAAUGCUUUAAAAACAAAGAUGAUGAGUGGAUUCAAUGCGAUGGCUGUGACGGCUGGUACCACCGAAAAUGUGCUAAAUUAGGCAAUACUAGACAAUGGAAUAAAUACAAUAAAGAAGGUGUUGAAUGGAUAUGUCAGGAAUGUAAAUAAAUCAUGACUUGUAUUCUAUAUUAAUAAUUCAAAGAAAAUUGUGAAGGAUUUGUCACAAAUUGUUGGGAUUUAUUAUUUAAAGAAGCAUACUUCAGCUUUCUAAUCAUUGAGUAACUUCAUGACACCAAAAUUAAAAGCUUUUGAACAAUGAAAUAUUAGCAUAUUAAGGCUUAAUGGGCCUUAAAAGAUAACUUAAAUGGAAUAUUCAUAGAAAAUUUAAAAUUGGAGUGAUUAAAAUUGAACAGUGUGAUUAUAAUAGUAACAGGGCAGCCUGAAGGACAGCUAAAUCCUGUUCCACAGUGAGGAUGAAUGUGUACUUCUUGACCUUUUACCAGCCAGGACCUUGAUGUUAGGUCAUGCAUAUCAUAAGCACAUACUCUCAUGAUGUUGAUAUUUGUGUCAUGUUAUUUAAAAUUUUCCAUAAAUUAAAAAAAAUUAUGGAGAACAUAUAACCUGGACUUUGCCGUUAGCAGCCUGGAUGUUGAGCUCUGCAGAUUGUGUCAUGGUGGUGAUCAUUUGUGGCAAGUAAUUUUAAAACAUUCUAAUUGUCAAUAAGUUAUAGAAAGGACAUGAAAAAAAUAUGUUUUUACAUUGGACCUUUGAGUGACAUUGACCUUCAGGGUUGUAACUUGAAUAUUGUUGUCUGCUAAUGUUAUGGUGAACAUUUCUGCUAAGUUAUCUUAAAACAUUGCAGCGUUUUAAAUGUUAUGGGCAAACACGAAAUGUACACUUUCUAACAUUUGACCUGUAAGUGUGACCUUGACUUUGGUUGUAGCAAUUCAAGUAUUGCGCUUUGCACAUCGUCUCAUAAAUAGUGA